GGAAAACAUUGGCACUACAGGUUGAUUAGCCAUAAUCCAUCACUUGUUCUCCGAAAGCCGCAGAAACUGGACCCGAAGAGAGCGAAGAACUUCAACCAGACAGUAGUGGCUGACUACUUUGCACAGCGAAAACAGUUGAAUGAUAUGUAUGGUGGGAUUCCUCCGGAACAUGACUGGAACAUGGACGAGAAGGGGAUUCAAAUGGGAGGAGGCAGGAAAGGAGACGGGACAAAGUACUUUUAUAAUAGGAAGCAGAAGGGAUCAUACCGCAUCUCAGACAACAAUUUGGAGCUUGUUACGGUGAUAGAGUGCAUUAGCGCUGCUGGAGUGUUGAUGAGGCCUGGUUCCGUGAAGGUCUGUUUUCUCCAAUCCUCUGCCCAUAUCAUUUUACUAACCUCCUCUUCCAGUAUAUCCCAUACAAAAACUGGCUGGACAAACCGUGGAAUAUGUGAGGAGUGGUUCAACAAGACAUUUAUCCCUGAGUCCCAAGUUUGCCGCAUUGAUGACAGGUCGGUUGUUCUUACUUUGUAUGGCCAUGACUCGCAUGAGCAACCUGUCCUUCAAGCUCUAGCUUAUAAACACAGCAUCAUUAUCUAUCGCCUCCCAUCAAAAACCACUCAUAAAUUACAGCCA